UCUGACUUCUGAGUAUGUUGAUCAAAUAUUAUUUUGUUGUCUAAAAUUUAGCUUUAUUGACUCAAUCACCACCUCUUUAUGCUAUAUGCUUGUGUAAGUUAAUUCAAUUUAAAAAAACCAACAUAAUUGUUCUGCUUUGAACCACUUGGAAAAAUGUCUCUUCCAUUUAUAAGAAGUUUCGUUGUGAAGAACAUUUUGAGGGCUCAAUACUUUGUUGGAUCGCCAUGUGGUCAGAACAGUUUCCACUCCGUUACAAGCCCAGGUACAACAUCCAUCGUACCUAGUGCCAGUAAUAUUGCAUCUUCUGCUUGGUCUCUUACGUUCAUCCGCACAUGCCUACACAAAAAGAUUAGAAACAACUGGCCUCGACCUAGCGAGAAAAAAAGGCAAAAGAUGAACUUUUGGAACAGAAUGAAAACUCCUGCUGGUAGAGCGAUAAUUAUGCGAAGAUAUUUGAAAGGAAGACAUGUUUUGGCCCAUUAACAUUAAUUAACUACUUUUGUGAAUAUUGUGUAAUUAGUAAAUAUAUUUGAGUUUGUAACAGCA